UGAGCUGCAGCAGCAGCAGCGGACUCUCGGCGGCUGCGGCUCCUCUAGUCGGUAGAUCGGUCGGUCGGUGCUGUUGGACGGACGGACGGACGGUUACCGGACACACUAACACCGCGCUGCUUGUCAGCGGACCUGAUUGAGGACCGCAUGAUUACACACAGGCAGAUAAUAAUGAUGGAGAACUUGGAGCAUAGUGAUGACAUCAGCGUCCUGCCCCCCCAUGAGGUGGAACCACCGAGGGAGGAUGACGCACACUGCCCCCUGCCGUUCAGGCUGCAGCUGAUCGACGACCUGUCCUACGAAGACGUGAAGAAGUGCUACAGAGGAUCAACCGUCAGCAAAUACAACUCUCAGUACCACAAACUGUUCGUGACUGUUCCUAAAGAGGAGAUCCUGAUGAAAGUGUAUUCGUGUGCGUUGCUGAGGGACAUCCUGCUGCAGGGACGACUCUACAUCUCCAGGAACUGGCUCUGUUUCUACGCAAACCUGUUCGGCAAAGACAUCAAGGUCUGUAUACCGGUGGUGUCGGUUCGGCUGGUGAAGAAGCACAAGACGGCUGGCCUGGUGCCAAACGGCCUGGCUAUCACCAUGGAUACCGGGCAGAAGUAUGUGUUUGUGUCCCUGCUGUCCAGAGACAGCGUCUAUGACGUCCUCAGGAGGAUCUGCACUCACCUGCAGGUGAACGGGAAGAGUCUGAGUCUGAAGCAGUACCUGGAGGAGCCCAGCUCUCUGUCUAUGGACGAGUAUCCAGAGGUGUUGAAGUGGAGGAGGAAGCCGUCGCUCCCGGCCGUCUCCUCGUCUCUCCCGGACCUGCUGGGAAACUCCUCCCCCGUCCUCGCCACAGACACGCCCUUCAGCACGCAUACCCUCACCGACAGCAGUCUGGAAACAGAGAAGAUCCUGCUGACAGAACCAGUACCUGAACUGGGUCACAUGGAGUACCAGCUACUGAAACUCUUCAUCCUGCUUGUCUUCAUGCUGGUCCUGUCGUCCUGCUAUCUGGCCUUCAGAGUUUGUCGUCUGGAGCAGCAGCUCAGCUUCCUGAGCAGCCAGCCGACACUGAGAGAGAGGUGUGGAGAGGUGCCCUGCUGGCUGGCCAAUCAGAAGACAGGUACCUGACGCUGAAGCCAAUGAGGGAGUAAAGAAGAAAUCUGCACUUACAUAGACUUCCCAUUAGGAGGAUGGCGGCGGCGGCGGCGACGAGAGGAGACACCUCUGAGGAGGCGAAGAGACGACCGACUGUAGCAGCCGUCAGCAGCUGAACUCUGACCCCGCCGUGACCUGGUCACCAUAGAGACGCCACAAUAGUCAACACAGACCGUAGACUGGCCUACGACCUCUGAGGCCUGAAGAGGUUUAUUAGCGGACAUGUAGAGGUCACGUAGAGGUCAGACGGCUGAAGAAACGACAGCAUGCUGUAACAUAACUGAGAUGUAGACUUUUCCUGUGAAGAAGACUGAAAAUAGUGACGUGUGUGUGUGUGUGUGUGACACUCUUUGCACAAGAUAGUAACUCGUGUGAACAACAUCUUUAUCCUGUGUGACGUGUGAAUUUGUACAACGGCUCUUUCUGAGUCACUGUCCUCUUAACGCUUGAUCGUGUCGCCUCGCGUUUUGCCAAAAUGACAAAAAUGUAAAAAAAAAAUGUGUGAACAAGUUAACGACUUGCUCGAACAAGAUCUUUAUCUUAUGCAAACGAGAUAACUUGUUUGAACAAGACUUCUGAGGUCUCUGUUUAGGAUCACAGGCUUCUUGGGGACAUACAGAAUAUCUGUGACUACACGAAAAAUAGUCAAUGAAGGCUGAUUUAAAUCAAUUGUUGCCUUAAACUUACGAUGUAGCCUCAGAUAUUGUUUUUUUUUUUUUAAAUAAAAUGUAUGUAUAAUUCAAGCCAUUUCUCUGUGAAGUAGAAAUUCUGCCAUCAGAGGAUAAAUCUAUCACUUCCCCUCAAUGUGAACCUGAUUAAUGAGAUUAAUUUGUUUUUACAUUUUCAGUGCCAAAUCUGUGAGUUUUUAUGUUUAUAUGAGGUGAAUCUUAUUAAAGAUCAGCAGAUGAGA